CUCCGCAUGCUGAAACGAUUGUAUAUUUGAAUUUGAUGCGACUAUUUGGAUUAAAUAUAGGAGGUUUUUAUGUAUUUUUUUAAUUUUUUCUUGAACGUUUUUAUUUAUUAAGGAUAUUGUUAACUUCAACCGCUUUCUUUGCCUGAUAGGCUGAAAAUCUUGCGCGACCUUCCUUUUUCCAUUUGUUUAUUAAUGCUUAAUUUUAUAUUUAAUAUUCUGCGUCUUGUUGAUUCGAAAUGCUUGAUUUGGACGAAAUAAUUGAGAGGCUUUACAAAAAGCAAAUUAUUGCAGAACCGGUGAUUGCAUACCUCUGUAGUUUGGUUAAAGAAUUAUUGAUUCAAGAAAGUAACGUUGUCCGUCUUUCUACGCCGAUUACUGUAGUUGGCGACAUUCAUGGUCAGUUUGAAGAUUUGUUAGAGAUCUUUCGGAUUGGUGGUCCUUGCCCAUUCACGAACUAUAUAUUCCUGGGUGACUAUGUUGAUCGUGGGUAUUAUAGUAUAGAAACGAUCACUUUGCUAUUGUGUCUAAAGCUAAGAUAUCCAAAAAGAAUUACCCUGCUUAGAGGUAACCAUGAAUCUAGAGGAAUUACGCAAACAUACGGUUUCUAUUCAGAAUGUCUUAGAAAAUAUGGCUCUGCAAACGUUUGGAAGCAAAUUACAGACAUAUUUGAUUUCUUAACACUAGCAGCUACAAUCGAUGAUAGUAUUUUUUGCGUCCACGGUGGACUUUCGCCUAGUAUUCAACAUAUUGAUCAAAUUGUAGUACUUGAUCGAUUCCGAGAGUUUCCUCAUGAAGGAGCCAUGGCUGAUCUGGUAUGGUCGGAUCCAGAUCCAAGUAUCCAAGAGUUUUCUUUAUCUCCUAGAGGCGCAGGAUAUUCAUUCGGUGAAAUAAUAGUUUCUAAAUUUCUUCACGAGAACAAUAUGGAUCAUAUUUUACGAGCUCAUCAACUUUGCAGUGAGGGAUAUCAAAUUCUGUUUGAAGAAAAGCUAUCAACUGUUUGGUCAGCUCCUAAUUAUUGCUAUCGUUGUGCCAACUUAGCUAGUAUCCUUCAAAUUGAUACGGAUAAGUCAAAGUUUUUCAAUGUUUUUGACGCAGCCCCUAACCAAGAGAACCCUUACGUUGAACCUGCUGCGAGGGCAGCGGAAUACUUUCUCUAAAUACCUCUUUCUUAAUUUUUGUUUUCUAUACAAAAUGCUUUACUUUUAGCGUAUUGCGUUUGAAAUUUCCCUUACUAUUGAUUUGUAUAAUAGGAUUGCUUUCAUUCAUUAACAUUUACUACUUCUUUCUUUGCAAUAGAUGAAUCUAUUUCUACUAUAUAGUAAGCACUGACUGUUCAAAAGUGGGAAUUCAAUGUUACUUAAUUAACUUUGAUCAUAUAAAAUAAUUAACCUCUAAAACUGUUAGUAUAAGUAAAGAGCGG